ACUUUUUUAUUAUAAUAUCUUCCUGUUACGCGCGAGUGUAUUUUUUUUCAGGCUACUACGGUACGGAGCCACAAGAGAGCCUCGUUAGCUUGCUAAUCGCUUACAUGCUGAGGCACAGUGAUUGGCGGCCCCGUUUAACCUGAGAGCUUCGCAGAAGAGGGGGAACCGUCCUGUUUUUGUAUAUAUAUUAUAUAUCUGCCGACUAGAGAACAUUUUUGGUAUUUUUCUUUGACUACGGCCUACUUAAGAUGAGUAAAUCGAGCUUUUCCACAGCCGAGUUUUUCGAAAGGCUCAAAAAAACGACAGCUGAGAACAAUGCCUGCUUCGAAUGUGGGAGACCCAAUCCUCAGUGGGCUUCAGUCAACUGUGGGAUAUUUAUCUGUCUCAACUGCUCCGGAAUGCACCGUGGUUUAGGCGUGCACUUAAGGGCGUUUCGUUCUCAUCGGGCCUAUGAUACUCUUUUUUCAGCUUCGUUAGGAGUCUGACGAUGGACAUGUGGAACCCGACUCAGUUGAUGCACAUGGAAAAGGGUGGAAAUUUGAGGGCUCGGGAGUGGUUCGACAGCUGCAAUGUAUCUGGCCUCGAUUUGAAGAGAAAAUAUGAGUCAGAGGCGGCCGAGAUGUAUCGACGGAAUCUCAAGGCAUUGGUCGAGAAUAGAGAAGCUGUUUAUCUAUUUCCAGUUCAACCAGCAAAGCCUGCUCAGCAAGAGAUUGACGACAAGAACGCAGCAGUUCUGAGAGAUCAGAAUGGAACGGAGGCAGCGGGAAGGAGGGUCACUGAGUUGAUUGAUAGAGGGGGAGUGAACGCAUCGUGGGAGCAGCAGAGAAUAGAUUCGAAUCCCACCACCAUAACGAUGCUGAAAUCGUCUGACAUGGGGAGUGAAAAUCAACCCUACUAUCAUCACGCGAAUGACGAAGGUAUGCGUUCCGCAGUGAAGUAUGGUCAAUUCAGCUCAAACGCGGACUACGAACACAAGGACAAUAUGCGUACGGAAGGCAUUGAACAGAACGUUAUGGACACAAUUUACAGUGGAUGGAACAAGUUAUCUUCUACUAUCAGGCAGAUAACGACAGCUAUUACAGACGAGUUCACCGAGAAAGCGUCUGAUGAUUUGCCAGAGUCCACUCAUCAUUGUCAGCAAGGUAGAACAAAUUCCGCUUGGACAUGGAGGUCGGUGAAAUCCUUUUUCAAACCGUACACACAAGAGACGGCGAGACAGACGGAGGAUCUUCUGUCGAGCCGUGGACAAAGUUAUUCCAUAGAAGAUGAUAGUUAUUUGGUCAAUCCAGCCCUGAAAUUGGAUAGAGGCCGUGCUCAGUCAUGUCGACGGAGACAGUCCAUAUCUACGUCCUCUUUAAGGUCCGAGACCGAAGACUAUUCAUUAGAGAAUCUCAGCUCCUCGUCUCUGCGAGAGCGCGGUUCGGUUCAUCAGGGCAGCACUGUCCAGAAUACGGAGCAGCACUUUACGGUACAUAGUUAUUCCGAAUAUGACGAUCAGCAAUCGAAAAACUGGGACAACUGGGACACCAAUACCGCCACGAACAAGAAAUAGAAAAAGCCAUUGUGAUAGUUAAAAGGACGCGGUUUGUCUUAUGUGCUGGCGAAGAAUUCGUGUUUUUUUGAGCAGCUCAUUCAGCGAAACAGAGAGAUGUGCUUACGAGUCAAAGUUUAGCGAUUCGGUCGUACUACGUUUGCGUGCGGAACUUUAUACAUACGCUUUGCAGUUAUUAUUGUAUAUUAAACUAUGAUUUUUGUGCGCAGGCCUGUGAGUCCGUAGCUUUAUGAAUCAA